GGGGGAGAUAUUUGCCGGUAGGUUGGUGAUAUAUAUAUCAUAUUCCAUUCUCUGUUGUAAGUCAUCAAACAUCAUCUCAUUCAUCACAUUCAUCAUGUCUACCUCCGCAACAAACACCGCCGAGUCGCGAUUCGACCCAAAAUUCACAAGCCAUGUCGUCGACACCAUCGGCCCCGCCACCGACGACCGCACUCGCGCCGUCUUGUCGAGUCUGAUUCGCCACCUCCACGACUUCACCCGCGAGAUUGAGCUGACCCCCGAUGAGUGGAUGAUGGGCGUGCGCUUCAUGAACUCCAUCGGCCAGGCGUCGACGCCAAUCAGGAACGAGGGAUUGAGAAUUUGUGAUGUCCUUGGCCUUGAGUCGCUCGUUGAUGAGAUCGCGCACAAGCACGCCAGCGAGUCUGGUUCGCCUACGUCGUCGUCGAUUUUGGGUCCGUUCUGGUCGCCGAAUGCGCCGUUCAGGGAGCUGGGAGGGAGCGUGAUCCAGGACAAGCAUGAUGGACAGGUCGUGUACAUGCACGGGCAGGUUUUGGACUUGGAGACGAAGAAGCCGGUCGCCAACGCUGUGUUUGAUUUCUGGCAGGCGUCGUCGAAUGGAAAGUACGACUUCCAGGACCCGGACAACCAGACCGACAACAAUCUAAGGGGGAAGUUCCGCACGAACGAGGAGGGGAAGUACUGGUUCUACUGCCUGAAGCCGACAGCAUACUCGCUGCCAACGGACGGGCCAGCCGGUGUGCUGUUGAAGCUGUUGGAUAGGCAUCCGUUUAGGCCGGCGCACAUUCAUUUGAUGAUUUCCCACGACUCGUAUAAGCCGGUGACGACGCAGAUCUUCCCAUCGGACGACCAGUACUUGACCACGGAUACGGUGUUUGCGGUGAAGGAUGAUUUGGUUGUGGAUUUCGUGCCGUAUGAGGGGGAUCCAAAGGCGACGUUGGAGUUGAAGUAUGAUGUGAUUUUGGCGCCGAAGGCUUGAUCGGAGAGAGGAUGUAUAUACCUGUAGAAAUUGACGUUUUAUGAUCUG